CUUCCUCUUCCUCUAAAAGAGAAUUCCUCCUCUUUCCUUCCACUUCACCAUCCAUCACUCGCCCCAUCCAACGCUCCCCGCACUCGACCUCUUUCCUUUGAUUGGAGAUGAGCUUCGCGAAGAAAGGAUACGAGUUCCUGAAAGAGAUCGGCCUCGGCCCUCGCAACUUGGGCUGCUACGUCAAUGGCGCCUGGAAGGCACGUGGUCCCGUCGUCGCCACUCUCAACCCCGCCGACAAUCAGGUAAUUGCUGAAGUUGUUGAAGGAUCCCUUGAAGAUUAUGAGGAAGGCAUGCAAGCUUGUUUUGAUGCAGCAAAGAUGUGGAUGCAAGUGCCAGCCCCAAAGAGAGGUGAAAUUGUUAGACAAAUAGGUGAUGCGUUGAGAGGCAAACUACAGCAUCUUGGUCGCCUUGUCUCACUCGAAAUGGGAAAGAUACUUCCUGAAGGAAUAGGGGAAGUUCAAGAGAUUAUCGAUAUGUGCGAUUUUGCUGUGGGGUUAAGUCGGCAACUGAAUGGAUUGAUCAUACCCUCAGAACGUCCUAAUCACAUGAUGUUGGAGAUGUGGAAUCCUCUCGGGGUUGUGGGAGUAAUUACAGCAUUCAACUUCCCAUGUGCAGUGCUCGGAUGGAAUGCUUGCAUUGCACUUGUCUGUGGCAAUUGUGUUGUUUGGAAAGGUGCACCAACAACUCCUUUGGUGACCAUUGCAAUGACGAAGCUAGUUGCUGGUGUUUUGGAAAAAAACAACUUACCUGGUUCUAUUUUUACCUCACUUUGUGGAGGGGCUGAAAUUGGUCAAGCAAUAGCGAAGGAUACACGCAUCCCUCUGGUUUCCUUCACUGGAAGUUCCAAGGUUGGUUUGAUGGUUCAGCAGACGGUGAAUGCAAGAUAUGGUAAAUGUUUGCUAGAAUUAAGUGGAAACAAUGCUAUAAUUGUUAUGGAUGACGCAGACAUCCAGUUAGCUGUUCGGUCUGUUGUUUUCGCUGCUGUUGGUACAGCUGGUCAACGCUGCACAACGUGCCGUAGACUGCUCCUCCAUGAGAGCAUAUACCAGAAAGUACUUGAUCAUCUCGUUGACGUAUAUAAACAAGUUAAAAUAGGGAAUCCUUUAGAGAAAGGUAACUUGCUUGGACCAUUACAUACUGCUUCCUCAAGGGAGAAUUUUGAGAAGGGAAUGGAGAUCAUUAAGUCUCAGGGAGGGAAGAUCCUUACAGGUGGCUCAGUCAUAGAGUCUGAAGGCAACUUUGUGCAGCCCACAAUAGUUGAAAUUUCUCCAAAGGCUGAUGUUGUUAAAGAAGAGUUGUUUGCUCCUGUCCUAUAUGUCAUGAAAUUUCAGACUUUCAAGGAAGCAAUCGAAAUAAACAACUCUGUACCCCAAGGAUUAAGUAGUUCCAUAUUUACCCGCAGACCAGAUGUCAUCUUCAAAUGGAUUGGACCACAAGGAAGUGACUGUGGCAUUGUAAAUGUGAACAUCCCAACAAAUGGAGCUGAGAUAGGUGGUGCUUUUGGUGGCGAGAAGGCAACAGGCGGAGGUCGUGAAGCCGGGAGCGACUCAUGGAAGCAAUACAUGCGACGAUCAACUUGCACAAUCAACCAUGGGAGUGAAUUGCCGUUGGCACAAGGGAUUAAUUUUGGGUAGUCGAUUCACCUGGCUGGAUGGGCCUCUCCCCGAGCUGCAAAACCAUUCACUUGCUUUGGUGGUUUGGGCCUGUUACCAAGAUCACUCCUCUGAAUGAGUUUUCCAGUUACAACGAGCUGUUUGCCUAACUGUAGGAAAACAAGAACUCUUCCCGAAAUAAUCGAAUGUUCUUUACCAGUAGCAAUUCAAUAAAGAAAUUCCCCAUUCGAGUCCUCA